UUUACGACGAGGAAGUCGAGACAUGAUUUGCAAUUUUAGUGGAAAGUCGGAGCGAUUGGUCUCUAAAUGAACAAGAUAAUUCAGGACAAGUUCAUCCCGCAGCAGUUGCUGUAUUUUAUAGCCGGCAGACGCUGCUGCCAGCAGUUUCCGUGCACCUUUCGGUCCAGCGAACACGAAGCCUUCGUCCACUGCGCCACUGCCUUGGGGCUCCGAUCUCAGGUUGUGCAUAGCGACGGGAAUAGCAGCGUAAAGAUUUACAAGCAGGCAUGUCGCCACUACCUGGAAAAGCCCAAGCUACUCACUUUAUCGUCAGGGGCCAAGCUGAACAUGUUCACGCUGCUGGCCAAGAAGUCCUUCAUGGGCAGGGAGGACAUGGAGCUCACCGCCGACAUGGUCCCACAGAAGGCCAGUGCAGCAAGUAUGCCGCACCUUAAUCUCCCCCUGCCUGAUAUUCGUCCUCCGAUCUCGCGCUUCUGGACAGAGGAACAACGGAAUUUUCUGGCCAGUUUUCCGGGCCACCCGAUGCGCAGUGAAAUCAUGAGCGCGUUGUAUGCCCACCGGGUAAUCGUCUUUAACGCCGAACUCGCAUGGGACAAGUCCGUAUUCCUGCCUCUUCUUAUUCUGGACGACUGCCAGACUAAGAAGUCCAAUGCCAAGAUCAUCUGCAUUGAGAGGGAGGUCAUUGUGGCCCUCUACAAUAGCCAGCGGAUCGCUAACUUCUUCGGAGAACGGCUUGGCGAGAUGGUGGGCGUGCAGUUGCCACACUUUAGCACUCUGAGCUCCAAUAGCCACAUAAUUUUCUCUACCGGAGAGUUCUUCCUUCGUUGCCUGGCUAACCAGAAGUUCCGCAACAUCAGCCACCUGCUGGUAAACGAUGUUCACCUUCACGAUCCCUAUACCGAUAUUUUGUUGAGCGAGAUUCGCCAAGCGUUGAAAAGCUACCCAAACUUAAGGGUGAUCCUGCUUUCGCAGAUGAGAAAUCCCAGGAAGUUCAUGGAAUAUUUUUUUGAGGGAACCGUGCUAAACUUAUUAGGCGAGCAAUCGCAGAUGGCUCGAGCGCGCAUUUCCUACUUAAACGAGCUGCACAGCUGCAUUGCCCUGGCGGGGAUCCACAAGGGUCCAGACGUUUACAAGGAUAUUCCAGACGGCUUCCGCGGCCAGAGCCAGCGAAACAAGCAGAUGGACAAAUGCCUGCAGGUCUACGCGGAGAUAGGAACGGAUACGGCCAUUCGUCCGUUUUUGUACGCCGUAAACUACGAUCUUGUUCCGGUCAACUACCGCCACUCGAUGAACGGCAAAACGGCGGUGCACAUCGCCUCCGAGCUGAACAACGCUAAUCAUCUGCGCUUAUUGCUUUUCAUGGGCGCCGAUCCCUUUAUCAUGGAUAUGUCCCACCAAAACGCCAUCUCUUUGGCGGCCAUGAAUGGCAAUCAUGAGUGCAUCGACAUCCUUAACAACUACAGCCUGCACGGUUUCGUGGUGAAAAGGGUCAAGCCGGAUUUUGUGGAUUAUGAUCUCAUAAUAGACAUUAUGUAUCUUUUGCGUACCAAGCCGGAGUAUUCGCCAGGCAACAUCCUCAUCAUUUUGCCCACUUACUACCACAUCGUCAAGCUGAACUACAUGAUACUGAGUCACUGUCUAACCGGCAACCUGCAGGAGCUCUCCAUAUUUCUGCUGCACGAGAACAUGAGAAAGGAUUACAUCGACGCAUUGGUUAAUGCACCCGCCGAUACCGUGAUGGUUGUCCUGACCACGGACAUAAUCGAAUCACUGCCUUUAAAGGUGCCCUUCAAGUACGAAAUCGACACCGCCUGUCGGCUGACCAACGUAUACGACAGCUCCAAUUACAGCGGAGAGGAUCGCUACGAAUGGGUGGCGAAGGACUGCCUUCGGCGAAGGGAGUUGAUUCUUGAUCCGAAAGCUGCUGAUGCUCAAUGCUUCCGUUUAAUAUCAAAAGAGGCUUUCGAGGAGCUGGGGGAGACGAGCAUGCCUCGACUGCAAACCAUGCAGCUGGACAAGAUCAGCUUGGCGGUCAAAUUGCUCUCGCCCGACAUGGUUAUUACCGAAUACCUGAGCUUCACCAUCUCCCCACCGCCACUGAUUAACGUGCACCAUGCCGUGCAGUUUCUCAAGAAAAUAGAUGUAUUGGAUGAGGUGGAGGAUGUCACCUGGCUAGGCUGCCGAUUGGUGGACAUCCCGGUUCCCUGCCAACUCGGCCGUAUGCUGAUCUUUGGCAUUCUGCUGCGAUGCCUGGACCCAAUUUUGACAAUAGUGAGCUCGCUGUUGACGGCCGAUCCGCUGGGAAUCCCGUUCAACGAGGACAUUGACCACCUGUGGGACAGGUUCACCAUUUACAUCCAGAACAGGAUUAAAAGCGAGCGGGCUCGUCUGGCCGACGACCAGUUCUCCGACCACUUUAUCUUCGUGCGUUUGUUUCAGGAGUGGCAAAACGGACUGCAUAACAAAAAGGCUCCGCUUUAUCUCACGGAUGAAUAUGACUUUGUACUGAACGGGUUAAUGGAACAACUUAGCUAUACGCGCUCCGAGCUUGUGAGCAGCCUCCGGGCCGCGACAUUGAUCCACGCUCGCGGGAAGCUAUCCAUCCAGAAUCUUAACCGAAUGUCCGGGAACUGGCAAGUUGUCAAGGCGGCCUUGACGGGAGGGAUGUAUCCCAGUAUUUGUGUCGUAGACGACGGAUUAAACCUACUAAAAUCAGCUUUUUCCGGCACUGUUUACCUGCAUCCCAGCACAGUGCUUCGCGAGUUCUUGCAGCCAAUAAACUUUUCGGCUCUGAAUUUCCGCACGUCCUGGAUUGUGUGCACCAAGCAAAAGAACCAAAUUGUUUAUGCCACCAUGGUUGUACCGCUGGCCGUGGCAUUAUUUUCUGGGCGUCCCCGUCUUCGCCUUUCCCAAAUAUGUGAGAGCCAAGUAACUUCGAGUGAUCACGACGUUAACAUCUUUUUAGAUGAGUGGAUAUGGAUGGUGACCUCCAAAACCUCUGCUGAGAUGAUCAUGAGAACGCGUCAGUAUUUCUUUAAAAUGUACUACGAAUUUUUGAAGCACUGCAGCGACCAGGAGAGGUGGCGCAACGAGUCACCAACGGGGUCGCACUACGCGACGUUAACUGAAACGCUUUCGAAGAUCUUUGAGAGCGAGGAAUCUGCCGUGGGCUUCUCCAAGCCCCUGCCCAUAACCUACCUACCAACUAGUCAGACGCCGGCCUCCUACCUUCUGAACGUCAACGCUCACUUCAGUUGGAUCCGGGAAAAAGAAGAGAAUCGGCACUUUUUGCAAAAACCGCAGCAAUUCAACUCUCAUUUCGUCGAGAGGCAGUUUUUCCUGCUCUUUUCGGAGGGCGAAUGCGAGGAAUUUUAUAGCGCCAGCACAGCGGGCUAUAUUGAAAGUGUUCUCGGAAAAUUUGUCAGACCCAUCGAGUCUCCCAACAGGCAUAUCUUUGUGAUUCUGUACAAAAAGGAUCCGAAAGUAAUGCUCAGCGUAAGUCGAGCUAAGACAAUUAAUGGCGAAUUUACGCUAAAGGAAUACUUUCGAAACUCCAUUCCAGUGUCUGAAAUUGUAGAGGCCUGUAUGUCGAUAAACGUAAACGCGCCAGUGUUUGAUGGUCGCCUAAUGUCUUGCCUUAUUGACAAACGAAUCGGUAACUUAAUUAUGGACUUGUUUGCCUUCCGUCAUCAUUGGAUUCAUAAGGAAUAAGGCUUUGAUUUGUUUUUGCUUUUUACUUGGUCAAAACCAAGCUUGAAAAUAUGUAUGAAUUACUAGCAUAAAUUGGCUUGCAAGGGUC